GUUGCCAGUACUACCACUAACAGUGCACGGGUGAGCCACUCGGUGUUUGUGAGAAAGGUAGUGUUUAUGUACGGUUUUCUGCCUGCAAUAUUCUUGACAUGUGCAAGUGAUAUUCAGCCUUAAUGGUCCUCCAUUAGUCAUGAGUCUUCAAGAGUAAUAAGCCCACUUUCAUGCACCUAGGUUAACCCUUAAUGGUGCCACAUAACUCCUACGGGUUUAGCCCUCUCCCUCCCCAUAAAUGUAAUUGUGAUGGGGAAAAUAAUAGACAAUGAAGAGGAACAACUAAGAUGUUUGGCAAUUCUUAUCAUGCGAGUUUUAUAACCCAUACGGAUUUAGUACUUGUCUUUUGAAAAUAAUGAUCUAGUGAUUCGGAGAAAAUAAUUUGGUGUGAGUAGACAGGAAUACAAUCACUUGUGUGGUCGAGAUAAUGACAAUUUGACUAUUAAUGAGUGAGAUUGUUAAAAAAAAUCCAUGUACGAGUUACUGGCCCGGGCACACCUGGCCGGGGUGCCCACUUCCCGCACACUCUGGGCACAUGUAGCCAAGUCCCUCGACACUGUCUUGGAGGAAGUAUCUGAAACUGAACUGGUGUCUGGCCUCCUGAAGGCCAGUUUGCAGCACCCAUUAGCUGUAGCUGCACCCAGAAGCACUACCCAUGCCCGUGAAGUCUUGCAGUGGCUGAGAGACCAGUGGCGUGCCCGAGGGUGGAACCUGCCCUCGGAGUUCAUUCCUGAGGAGAUUUCUUGCCCAGAUUAUGCCCCAGAAGUGUCAUACAAGACAUAUGUUGGAUGGGGAGGUAGUGUGAUGGGUCAGGUGGGGGUGACACUGUUGGAGAGUGAUGGGGGUAUCACCCACAACACCACAGGUCUCACCACCUGGUAUGGUGCAGCUAUCCUGGCUCAGUGGGCAUCAGAUAACCCAGCCAUUAUAGCUGGUCGGCGGGUGAUGGAGCUGGGUGCUGGAGUAGGCUUCACAGCCUCGGUCAUCCUCACCUCCCCUGCAGAAGGUCAACCUCCACCACUCACCUACACACUAACUGACUGUCACCAUCAUGUUCUCACUCUCCUCCAACACAAUCUCACACUCAACCUGGCAUCGUCACCACCAAAGAGAGAAGAACUGGAGAAGUUUCAGAGAGAGGUUAGUGAAGAGUUGGUGAAGGGAGAAGUGGAGGCUGGAGAGGUGGUUCCCUGGCCUAGACUCUCACACAAGGAUACCAAUAUGUCUCGUACUACUAGUGCUGCUGCUGUUCCUACUGUGGUGGAGGUGGGUGAUGGGCGUGUGGUGACGAAGGUGGGUGUCCUGCAAGUGGACUGGCGCCGCCCACCGCCCCUGCCGCCCGUGGAUGUUGUCCUGGCUGCUGAUGUAGUGUAUGCAAGACACCUCAUCCCCGCCCUGGUCACUCUCAUCAGGUCCAUCUUAGACGGGAGCGCAGACGAAGAACAUAGCCAAGAUAUGGUAAUUAAAAGGAAAUCAGAGAACAGGUCAGUAUAUGGCCAGCAGGGAAAAACAGAACGAGAAGAAUGUAAUAUGAUGCAACAUCCAGCAGAGAGAGAAGGGGCAGAGUUCAAGGAAAAGCAAAGAAUAAGCGAAGAGAUCAACGAGGAAGAUAAAGUAAGUAAAAGGAAAGAGGAAGGAGUGAAUGAGAGGGAAGCGUAUAUAGCGUGUACCCGUCGCAACCAGGAGACACUUAGUGUGUUCCUGGAGGAGGUUCAACACCAGGGACUGUCACACACUCUGGUCUAUCAGGCCACACUUGGCACAGACACUGCUCUCUUCCUCUAUAAUGAGACUCACCUUCCAGUCAAGAUAUACAAGAUCACACUACCCCACAACGUGCCUCACCCUGACGUCUGAAGGUGAUGCUGGCCGUGUAGUGUAAGUGUAAACAGGAGACAUCAAAGGUAUCAGGUAGUGGCGCUGUUGGGGAGAGGGACUGAUGAUGUGUGUUUGAAUGUUCUUAGUUUAUUCAUCAGGAAAUAAAAAACCGUGACGCGGGUCAUUAUCAUAAGAUGAGCCAGGAGCUAAGACUACAACCGCAGUUAGGUUCGUACUGGCGGAAAUAAGGAAAACUAGUACGGAAAGAUCCUUGCAGGUGGGCUAGCCCAUAGUCCAGUGCCGGGUCACUGCACCAGCGACCAUUGAAUCGGAGUUCUUAUUAAAGCUAAAUUGGGUACAUCUAAAGUGUGAGGCUAAUCUCUUUUAUUUAUUAAAAUAUGAGAGAAAAAGAUAAGCAUUUUGUGUGGAGGCCAUUGAAGGGAGGUGAGCAGAAGGUGCUGAUGUUAGUGUUUCAGUUGUAAUGUUUGUUACUCUAGGAACAGUGAUGUCAGAGCAAGUCAUGACUGACUUUUAUAUAUAGGAUUGUUUUUGUACGUGUAUGGGCCUUUUAAUAAAUGGUAUUAUUUAGAUGUAUUAAGGCUCGAAAUAAAGGACAAAUUGAU